AUGGAAGACAAUUCAAUAUCUUCACCUUGGUCUUUAAUACCAAAAAGCAACAUUAAGAACUAUGUUCAUCUUAUAAACCUCGACCUUGAAAUACUAAAGAAAUUUCCCAAGGAUAGAGCGCGCUAUAUAGAUCUGUGCGAGUCUUACGCCAGUAAGGCUGUUGGCAUCGAUGGUCUGCUUCCAAGCAUCCAAUCUCCUUCUAAACGCGAGUUCUGGGAGUCCUGCUACGAAAUGUGGUGUGGAUUUAUCAAACUAUAUACUUUCAUGUUGGAAUUACGCGAAGAGAAGUACAAGUCCUGUCUAGAGCGCCAACCUGAACUCCUCCAAGGACUAGCCACUAUGGAUACCCAAGUGAUGGAAAAGCUACUUGGUGAAUACACCGCCGAGGAAGAUAUUUUGAUCAAAUAUAUGGAGACUUAUGAAACACCCCUUUUGCCGGAAGGUUUAGUUUAUGAGAAAUAUCAGCAAUUGAGAUACCGAGUUGACGAGAGACUGAACAAACUUGAAAUCGAGAUCAAAGAGCUGAAGACUGAGAUCAAGACUGGCCAGGUACUCCAAAGCCGCAUUGAGUAUGAAAAGGAAUUUGGGCAGGGUGCUAAAGAUUUCAUAAUGAUCUGGAUUUUGAAUCGAGCUCUUGUGUUUGUACUUACUCUACAUUGA